UGGAACUCCGAGCUACUGGGUGCAAAAAUUCUUCAGAGAGUCAAGUGGAGCAACUCUUCUUGACGCUAAGCUACAGACAAAUUCCUCUACACUUGUUGCAUCUGCAAUUACUUGGCAAAAUUCAAACUUACCUGAAAAUAAAGGUUCCACGAAGGAACGUAUGCUGGAAGCAAACGGGGUUGACUAUAAGAAACGAAGAGUGGAAGAGUCAUUUGCGCUUCGAUUCCCUUCAUCAAAUCUUGUCGCCUUCAAUGGCCGCUCCCCUGUCUUGCAUAUUGAUGGUGUGUGCUAAGGCGAUUGAAGGUGGUCGCUUGGAUGUUGCAGAUUCACUUUUGGCAGUAAUUCAAUCUCUAGCUUCUAAAGAGGAGAGCAUAUGGAGGAGGAAAGUUGUCAAAUACUUUGCUGAGGCUCUUGUCCGGCGAGCCUAUGGAAUUCGUCCUCCAUUUCCUUUACCCUCGCUACCUUUUCUAUACGAACCAGAGGCAACUUUAUACAAGUUAGCUAGAGUCACCAGUGAACAUGGCAUCGCUGAUUCCUUGAAUUCGGGAUAUAAAAGACUCCACAUUAUUGACUUCUCCAUCGUGUUCCAGUUUUGGCGGUGGAAUUAUUUAAUUGAAGGCCUCAAAAGGCAGUAUGGUGGCCUACAAUCAGUCCUAAUAACCAGUAUCACACUGAAACUGUCAAAACACACUGACUAUCUCCGUGAAAACCGGGAAUGCGCUAAGGGCAGAAAUUUGGAAUUGAGGCAAUUGAUAUGCAAUAGUCCGGAUGAUAUUGUCAAUUGUAUUUCCAAACUCAGAAGGAAAAGUGAGGAUGAGGUGGUGGUUGUGAAUUGGAAUUUUAUACUCCACAAAUUGCUUGCACAAGAUGGGGCAAUGGAGCAAGUUCUUUCAAAAGUGAAGGAUUUGGGAGCGGACAUCAUGGUAAUUGUUGAGCAAGAAGCCAAUCUUAACAGCCCAGAUCUUUCGGAGCGGCUCGAACAAUCAUUCCAAUACUACUCCCCUUUUUUUGAGUCACUGGAGGAAGAUUAUGAUAGCGAUGUGUUAUGGGAGAUGUAUUUCAGGCGACAGAUUGGGAAUGUGGUGGCAUGUGAGGGCGUUGACCGGGUCGAGCGGAUUGAGUCAUUUGCUCAAUGGAAAAAUCGCAUAUGUCAGGCUGGGUUUUGUCCAGUUCCCCAACAGGUAGACAAGUUGAAGAUAGAUUUUGGAUUAAAUCUUGUUGAUCAUCGAAUCGAAGAGAAGGAAGGGCAUAUCCUGCUACUUUGGCACGGGUUUCCGCUAGCUGUAGCCUCAGUUUGGAAGUUCACUGGUCCACCUCAAUUCAGUGGCGGCGACUGGAAAAACAUGUUGACAGGUCUUUACACAAUGCAAGAUACAGUUGAUGACUCAGAAGGGAUGGCGAGCUCCUCUGAGUCUGAGGAUGAUGAAGAAAAUGAUUCUCUAGUUUCCAUAAUGGCAGAUAGAAACUUAUGGUCCACGCAGGGCUCUUCAAUGAAGCGAAUAGCUGCUUCAGCUAAGCUAUAUGACAUAUUGGAAUAUAUAUGUCAUCUACAUAGGUUACCACUGGCAGUGACAUGGAUUUCCUAUGGCCAAGAUGGUAAUACAAAUUCAAAGGGAAAACGUAUUCUAUGUAUUGAUGAUAGCGCUUGCUAUGUAAAUCAUUGGAAAAUGGAUAGAUUUGUGGAUGAAUAUGCACGAUAUCGUCUCGAGGAAGGACAGGGUAUCGCCGGAAAAGCACUUCAAUCUAAUAUUCAUAUCCAGCAUGACAUUUCCCUGCUUGAUCCAGCUGAAUUCCUUGAUGAAGAUUACGGACCUAGCUGGUGCCACGAAGACUAUCAUGCUGCUUUUGCUAUAAGGCUAACAAGUACCCACCCUUGCAAGGAUGAUUACGUACUGGAAUUUCUUCUCCCUAUAUUCAGAAUGAAAGAUACUUCAGAACUAGUACUUUUGAUAAAUAAGGUCUUGCGUACAUUGCAGAGGAAAUGUUUAAAGAUGUGGGAAGUUAGUGUCAGAGAAGUACAUGAGGCGAGCGGCUCUGAAGUUAGAUUGGAUGAUGAAAGAAUGCCAAACAUCCCACAUGAAGAUGGUGUUUUAGAAGGAAACGAAUUCAUGGCAGUGAACCCAACCAGCAAUCAAGCAGAAGAAACACGCGAGCCUCUUGAACAGGACGUCCAAGAACAAUCUGCUAUACCUGCACCCGCUCUGAAUGGUGAGAAUGCAUCGCUUAGUGUAGAUGGUGGCUUCCAGAGUACUAAUAAACGAAGAAAGAUAUCAGCUGUGUGGGAUGGGUUCGUUAAGCAUACGGCAGAAAACGGGGAAGAAUGGGCCACGUGUAAUUAUUGUAAGAAGGAGUAUAGAGCAGAAAGCAAAAGAGGAACUUCAAAUUUGCACAAGCACUUAAAAAAUUGUUCGCCAAGCAGACAAGACGAAGCAGAGCAGCAAAUUUUGGUUGGGUCAGGUGACUUGAGUACAAGCGUCAUCCAAAGGAAUUUUGUCAUAGAUCAAGAAAGAAGUCGUCUAGACAUUGCAACAAUGAUUAUUAAGCAUGGAUAUCCCUUGGAUAUGGUUCAACAUGAGUUUUUUGAAAUUUUUGUGAAGAAUUUGCAGCCGGUGUUUAAACUUUAUUCAAGAGACGUAGUUGAAGCUGAUGUCCUUUCUAUUUGCAGACAAGAGAAGGAGAAACUCAUCAGUUUUUUUGAUAAUCUCUCUUGUCUCUUGAGUUUAACACUUGAAUUGCGGUCAUCUAAUGACAACAUGAUGACGUACUGUUGCUUCACUGUGCACUUCAUUGACGAUGGAUGGCAGCUGAAGAAGAAGAUUCUUGCUUUCAGGAACUUACGGUACAACUAUGACAUGGGGACUGUACAUGAAGUCUUUAAUAGUGUGCUUACAGAGUGGAGCAUCAACAAGAACGUUCGCUUCAUAUUCCUGGAUGUAACUCCUCCAAAGGAUCACACGAUUGGAGAAUUAAGAAGUAAGGUUUCUGAUCAAGCCCCACCUAUCCAUGGACAUCUUUUCUGUGUUCCUAGUUAUGCCCAAAUUCUCAGUCUCCUUGCUCAAGAUGGAUUUUCUGAGACAAGGAGUGUGCUUUAUAAGAUAAGAGAAUGUAUAGAGUACGUCAAAGGAAGCUCACUUGUAAGGCAGAAGUUCCUGGAGGCAAUUAAUAAUGGGAGUUUGCAGGACAGGGAAAUGCCUACUCUAGAUGUUCCCGCGAGAUGGGACACCACCUUUCUUAUGCUGGAGAGUUCAUUGGAAUUUAGAACAGCUUUUAAUCACCUAGAGCAAUUGGAUGAUGCUUUCAAAGUGAAUCCAUCUGCGGAAGAAUGGAACAAAGCAACAGCCGUAUUUGAGUGCUUGAAAGAGUUCUACAAGUCAACAUGCAAUUUUCCGACAAGCAGAGAUGAUUAUUUCCUCAGUGUUCGUGAUGUUUAUAAGAAUUUGCAAGGCUGGAAACAGAGCGAUUAUGUAUAUGUUCGCGCUAUGGCAAAUAGAAUGAAGGGAAAAUUUGACGAGUAUUGGGGAGAAGCUAGCUUGGCUUUGGGAAUCUCAGCAGUUCUUGACCCCAGCUAUAAAUUGGACAUUAUUGAGUAUGGCUACCGGCAGAUAUACGGCAGUGAUGCUUACUUGCGCUACUACCAGAAAUUCCUUGACAAUCUUAUAUGUGAAUACAAUAAAUAUGCAAAGGACUUCCGCAGUCAGGGACCAUCUUCUUCUGCCAUGGCGGACGUGAGUCGUUGUACAUCAUCUUAUAAUAGUUUCAAAGAGUGGCGCAAGGGUAAGUAUGAACGCAAUACGGUGCACUCACAAUGGAAUGAACUUGUUCAGUAUCUAGAAAAGCGUCCGGAGAACUUGGAUAAGGAUGGUAACGUAUUAGCUUGGUGGCUAGACAACGCUCAAAAUUUUCCAAUACUGGGAAAAAUGGCUCGUGAUUUCUUAGCAAUUCCAGUAUCAACUGUCAUUUCCAAGUCAUCAGAGGUUAUGAAGAUGGCAUCAGUCCAUGACGGUGUUCGUCCUGAGAUAGCCGAGGCUUUGAUAUGUGGAAAGGAUUGGUUGGACAACCCUACCUGGAAGGUCAACCAGGCUGAGCAUAUCUGAUUUGGAUGCUGUAGAAGAAUAGUACUGGACAUAAGAACCUGAAAGUGACGAAGACUUAUUAUUUGCUAAAUUUUAUAGAUGUAAGAAAUAAUUUGAAACUACGUGUGAGUCCGUUUUGGCUUAAAACAAAGCAAGAAAUUGAUGUUUUUUUUUU